GCUUAGCUGUUGCUUUGCUGCCCUUCAACGAUGCUUCAACAAAUCUAGUUUUAUGGACGUUUUGUGAUGAUUUUUGUGUUUGUUGAAAUUACUUGAAUUAUUGUUGAAAGUAUGUAGUCGAACGAAUUAUGAUUAAAAAGUGAUUUCAUUAACGAUACUAACAACGAUAUAUAUUAAGUUAUAUUAUGUGCCUAAAUACUUCUGAAGUGUCUCCUACUCAAAAUGAGGAUUCUGCGUUAGGAAUUGGCGUCUACCAUGGAAUUAAAGUGAAAAGAAAUUGACAAGUAACAAAAAUUACAAUGGAUGUGCACUCCGAUUACGUUGAAAAUGCGAGGUCUAUCCUCUCUUUCGACAACUUGAAUUACUACAAAGCCGAGGACAGCGGAUACCAUACAUCGUACACACCUGGUUCCUUGGAACAUUCGGAACUAUCGAGUGCAUUUCUGGAUCAAUCUGUGGUAGCGACUACAGCUUACAUUGAUCAAAUCCAAGUGGAUUAUGUUACACCUGAAGCGGCAUAUAGGUACGGUCAGUUAAAACCUCGUAAUGACAAUUGUACGAACACUCCACCGCCAAGACGGGCUGCAAAACGCCCUUAUUCUAGCGUCGAAUCUACAAAACAAGCAUCGACAAUCCCUACUCCUACAACAUGGAUUGCGGGUAAAAUUCAGAGUUUGGAAGUCAGUGAAGAUAAAGAAAACACCACUGCGAGUACACCAUCAGAAACCUCACAUAGCACUGGAAGACAUAAAAGAUUUAUCUACAGAUUAAACAUAUGCGAACAGAAAUUUUCAUAUCCAAUAACACCUGUGAAGAGGAACUGUAGAUUAAGUCCCUGUAAAAAAUCUGGUAGGAAACUAGAUUUUGUCAUACAUUCACUAUCAUGUGAUAGGCAUGAGCUACCAACAGUACCCAAGCAAAUAUUACAACCUACACUAGGAGAGCCACAACCUGUUCUAGCCAGACCCAACCAAAAAAUAGAUAUAUUAGGAUUGUUAAACCAGAAAUGUGCCAUACCACCUUUAAAAAAUAUUUUUCGCUAUUUAAGUAAUGAAGAUAUUUGCAACUUUUGUGCUGUAAGCAGCACAUGGAAUGAUAUUUGGAACUCACAUAACAGUAUUGAAAAGAAACUGGAAAUAAGAAAGUAUCUUAAAUCAGCAGACGAAAACAGGGAGAAUCGUGCUAAACAGUGCAGAAGUAGUAGAAUCAUCAAAGGCACAAGGCUGUAUGAUGCCUGUCUCAAAGAUAUCAACAAUGAUAUGAAUGAUUACCCUGUAAGCAGUACACCCAGUAGUCCACAGUAUUCACCAAGAACAAAUAGAUUCAGGAAGUUUGUGAAGACUGCAUCGAUGGAUUCAAGAAUGCAGGUGUCCUGUGUCCGUUGCUCACAACCUGCUAAAGUAACGGAAGAACCUUCAGGAGAGGAGUGGGUUGAGUGCACAAGUGCUUCUUGUUGUUUCCAAUUUUGCAGACAUUGUAAUUGCAGCAGGCAUCCAGGUAAGAGCUGUGAUCAAUACGACCUUAAUGCUCCCAGCCCUUCCAAAAGAAAGAAAUGUGAUUACGCUGUUGGCACAAAGAAAAGCAGAAAAAACUUGCGUAGACUUCUGUGAUCUCUCUACAACUCAAUUUAUGCCAGUGAUUUUAUUUUUUGUUAAAUUUCUCAAUUACAUUCCAAUUGAUAAGCAAUGUUACUGAUGUAGCUAAAUUUGAAUUAUUAUUAAUUUGCAUUGUAUAUGCAUUGAAAUAACUAUUUUAAUCCUAUUUGAGAUUAAGGGGGAAAACCCAUGUCUGAUUUUGUGCCAUUUUUUUAUCAAUUAAUGAAUUUAUAGUUCACCACAAAGUCAGUAGGAAGAGUGUUUGGCAGUUUUAUAUUAGGUACCAUUACUAUUUUACGUUAAGGAUCUCUACGGGUUUUCUUAUUUUUAAAUUCACAAAAGAUAUUGUUGUUUCAAAAUCGUAUUCAGAAAACAACAUGGGUAGUCCUUUCUUGAACAGUUGUCAUUGAGUAGUUUUACUAACAUGUAUAAAUGCUGAUUUACAAGCAGCAUGAAUCAAUAACUUAUCCUGACUUUAUUGCAAUGGUAAGCAAUUAUGACCCACUUCCGCAUAUUGUGUGUUGGCCACAUGAAGCUUUAAUUAUCAUGGCAUAAAUAUUUUCUUAUUCCUGGGAAAAGCUAAUGUCUUACUUAAUGGCACUUACAUAAUGGAUGAACACGAAAACUCGAUAUCAAUAGUUAUUCGUUUAUGAAUUUACUUCUGACCAGUAACUCUAAUUAAGAAUCUACUAAACUUCUGUAAGAGAACAAUCAACCUGAAUAUCAGGAUAACUGUCAUUGGUUCAUUAAGACCACCUUAUGAUGCGAUUCAAAGACAACUUUUCAAAAUGGGACUGACUAUGUGCAUUACAAAUCAUUAUGUAUUACUCAAAAGUAAGACUGGUUUAUAAGACAUCACUACUAUUACUUAGCUAUUAUAGGUUUUAUCUGUAAUCUACUUGGUAUGCAAACAAUGAAUACCUUCUAUUAAGGUUCAUACUAAGCGUGUUAGGGUAAAAAUUUAAUGUGCGAUAAAUGUACUGAAAUCUAGAGAACUGCUUCUGUUCCUGUGAAUUAUGUAUUCUGUAUACAGGUAGUGGGUUCGAUUUAAUCUCUUGUUAAUUUCAAUAAUAUGCAGAUUUCCUAACUAAACCUAAAAUAUAGCUAGAAAAAAAGAAUGCAGACCUUUCCUAAAAACUAAGUAGUUGGAAAAAGUUUGUGAAGCGAUUAAUUGCUUGGCGACUAAUGUCGUCUCGUCGUCAGUUUUGUUAUUUUCAUCUUAUCUUUAUUCUAAUUUGAUUAUAACCCAUUUAAGAGGUAUCGUAACCUAAAUUAUCGCACAAACUAAAUUAUUACCCAAAUUAUUUGUUAAAGUCAUUGAUUUUUUUUCUGCGAAUCUGCGCCCUAGUCUUGUAUGAUAAUGAUUAGGUAUCUGGUUCUGAUAUCAUGCUAUAGUUUUACUACAGGAAGAUACUGAGCAGAAAUAUUUUGUACGACAUUUACGUGAUCUAACACGCAACUGAUAGGACAUAAAACGGUGUUCAAAAGAUUAAAUAGAAAUUUUAUUUUAGGCUGCAUAAUAAUAACUAUACCGGUGCCUUACCCUUUACCCGUGAACUAGAGGAAUACUACAUUUAUUUGUUUGAAAACCAUUUUACACUCCUUACUAAUAAAGGCGCCUUCUCACGAGCCUCUGGCAAUAGCCAAAAGUGACCAGCUGCAAGUUGUGUAGCCCGGAUAAACGACAGAUGUAUAAGAAGGUACUCGUCAUUCAGGUCAUUAUCAUGGCUGGUGCAGGACAGUAGCCUGGCGUUACGAACACCAAUAAUAUAUAAUUUCUGCGCGACUUCUGGCUGUGGCAAGUGGCCUUUACAACGUGCCUUUACUUCGCCUUCAGUUGUAGUAAUGUAGUUUGAAAUAUUUCAAACAUGGACAAACUUUUAAUCUAUAAGUUAUGUAAGAAGAGUGUGUAGUUUGUUAUGCUUUGUAAAUAAUGUAUGUAGGUUAGUCAGAGGCACCUGCUGAAAGGUCAAUAUUUUGUAAAAUAUCAAUUUUUUUGUUUGUGAAAAGACCAGUGUUUUAAGUUUAGUGUAUCUAUUUAUGCCUAAUCUAUUAAAUGAUGACGGUAUAUCGGGGCCAAGUAUACACAUUUUAAUUUUAAAAAUAAUUUGUAAUACUCAAGAUUUAAUUUUAUGAAUGACGACGUGUAUGUCAAUUGAUACUGAUCUUGUCGAAUAAUUAAUUUUAAAUUUCGAAAUUCAUGACAUGUAUUAUUAGUUUUCCUUUUUAUCUUGUAAAUAGUGUUAUUUCCACUAUGUCUUUGAUUGGUAAUAAAACGUUUUAAAAAUAA